AUGGCGCGGGGGCUCCGCGGGCUCGCGGCUUUCCCCCCUCGUUUACCCUCACCCCGCCCCGCCCAGCCCCGACCCGUGUCGUCGCCGUUCCCCGCGCUGUUCCGCGGGCUGGGCCUGUAUGAGCGGCCUCUGGAGAGGCCUCUCGGCCGUGGCGGUGCUGGCGAUGGGAAGGCUCCGGCUCCGGUUCCGCCCGGCCCGGUGCAGCAGCAGAAGGAGGAGGAGAAGGGGGCAGCGCUGGCGGCGCUCCCCACACGCGGGCAGAUCCUGUGGAAAAGCAAAGGGGACGCGCUGCCCACCCAGCCUGGAAGAGCCACCACUGCUGCUGUGCCAGCCCUGUGCCCACCCAGCCCCCUGGUCCUGCCCACCCAGCCCGUGCCCACCCCAGCGACCCCCCCGGCUGCUGCCAGGCUGACGCAGGGGACGAAGCCGGUGGUGAAGGGAGCCACGGUCCCUGUGGGGCUGAACUUGGUAAAGAUCCACUGCAAGAACGAAGCUGUCUACCAGUACCACGUAACCUUCAGCCCCGAGGUGGAAUGCAGGAAUACCCGCUUUGCCAUGCUGAAGGAGCAGCGUGCCGUGACCGGGGACGUGAUGGCUUUUGACGGCUCCAUCCUCUUCCUGCCCAUCCAGAUCCCCAAGGUCAGCCUGAAGGUUCAGAGGAAGUGCAGCGGGGAGGAGAUCACCAUCAACAUCCAGAUGACCAAAACCCUGGAACCCAGCUCGGAUCUCUGCAUCCCCUUCUACAACGUGGUUUUCCGCAGGGUGAUGAAAAUCUUAAACAUGAGCCUGGUUGGGAGACAUUUCUUUGAGCCUGCCCAGGCCACAACUCUACAGAAGUACAGCCUCCAUAUCUGGCCAGGAUAUGCUGUCAGCAUCCGGAAGAAGGACAGGGGGCUCUUCCUCAUGGUGGACGCCAUCCACAAGAUCAUCCGCAGCGAGUCCAUCCUGAGCGUGAUGCAAACCAUCCACUCCCAGAGCCAGAGGACAUUCCAGGAGGAGUGCAUCAAGCAGCUGGUGGGCUGCGUGGUCAUGACCCGCUACAACAACCGCACCUAUCGAGUGGAUGACAUCGACUGGGACAAGACCCCCAAGGACACUUUCACCCUGGCCAGCGGCCAGGAGAUCACCUUUGUGGAGUACUACAGCAAGACCUACGGGAUCACCAUCAGGGAACUGGAUCAGCCACUGCUCGUCCACAAGCCCAAGGAGAAACAGAUGCUGAAGGGGAAGCAGCAGCUGGAGAUGGUGCUGCUCGUGCCAGAGCUCACCUUCCUCACCGGCCUCUCCGACCUCCGCAAGAACAGCCGGACACUGAAGGAGGUGAUGUGGGAGAUGAUCCAGAGCCCCCAGCAGCACUACCAGCGCCUCACCAGCCUCCUGUGCCGCAUCCGUGACACCCCAGAAGCUUCCCAGGAGCUGGAGCGCUGGGGGCUGUGCCUGGACACAGAUAUCUACAGGACCCAGGGUCACAUCCUGCCCGUGGAGCGCAUCAACCUCCGGCACCGCUCCUUCCUUCCCGCCGAGGACCUGAGCUGGCACCGGGAGGUGACGAAGGAGGUGCCCAUUGCCGUGAUCUCCAUCAAUUCCUGGCUCCUGAUCUAUCACAAGCGACUGCAGCACCUGGCCAAGGACCUGGUGGCAGCCAUGAGGAGCAGCUGUGGGGCCAUGGGAAUGCAGGUGGGGCACCCCACGGUGCAGGAGCUGCGGGAUGAUCGGAUCGAGACCUACGUCAGGACCAUCCAGAGCUCCUUGGGGAGCCAGGACAAGGUGCAGCUGCUCCUGUGCAUCAUCCCCGGCGGCCGGGACGACAUCUACGGGGCUGUCAAGAAACUUUGCUGUGUGCAGACCCCGGUGCCCUCCCAGGUCAUCAACGCCCAGUCCCUCACAGGCCACCCUGGCAAGAUCAAGAGCGUGGUGCAGAAAGUUCUCCUGCAGAUCAACUGCAAGCUGGGCGGGCAGCUCUGGGGGGUUGAUAUCCCACUGGUAAGGCAGGAAAACCCCAGGAAAAACCCUGGGAUGAGCCUGGAAGCUCUGGAGGUGGGCCAAGGGAUGCGCUCUGUCAUCGGCUUCGUGGCCAGCAUGAACCACAUCCUCACCAAGUGGUACUCCAGGGUGGUUUUCCAGAUGCCCCACCAGGAAAUCGCCGACAGCCUCCGGCUCUGCCUCUCCCAAGCCCUCAAGCGCUUCUAUGAGCUGAACCACUCCCUGCCCAUGAAGAUCGUGGUGUACAGGGACGGGGUGUCCGACCCCCAGCUGGACACGGUGCUCAAAUACGAGGUGCCCCAGCUCCAGAAGAGUUUCCACACCUUCCAAAAUUACCAGCCCAGCCUCGUGGUGGUGGUGGUGCAGAAACAGCUGAGCACCAACUUCUACUGCCUGACAGGAGAGGAGUUGGUGUCCCCUCCCCUGGGCACCGUCAUCGACCACAGCGUCACCAGCUCGGGAUGGCAGGAUUUCUUCCUGCUGGCCCAUCACUCCCGGCAGGGCUGCAGCGUCCCCACACGGUACAUCUGCAUGUGGAACACGGCCAACCUCAGCUCUGAGCACCUGCAGAGGUUGACCUUCAAGCUGUGUCACCUGUACUGGAACUGGCCGGGCACCAUCCGUGUCCCUGCCCCCUGCAAGUACGCCCACAAGUUGGCAUUCCUGGUGGGACAGGUCCUGCACCACGAGCCCAGCGCCCACUUCAGCGAGCAGCUCUUCUUCCUUUAACCUGCCAGGACCUGCAAAACCGGGAUUGAACUGGGAAAACUGGGAUUGAACCCAGAAUUCUGCUCCCCUGCCCUCUGCUGUUUGGCCCCCCCCCACCCCGCCAAGAGGGAUCUUCCUCAUUUCCCUGUUUUGGUGUUAAUUUAUUCUCUGUUUGUUGGUUUAGAGGAUGCUGGGGAUUGCAGCAUCCCAGGGCUGUGGGUUUUUUUUGGGAAUUAUCUCCAUGGGGAUGACACCAAAGGAAUAUCCUGCUGGUUUCCAGCCUUCCCAGUAAAGGGGGUUGAGUUAAUGAGCCCCAAAAGUGCUGCUGCUCCCACAGCUCAGCCCUGUGCAGGUGCUGGAUGUAAAUCCCAAAGAUUUUGGGGUGGUUUUUUUUCCCCCCGGUUUCUUGCAUUUCCAUAGGUUUAUAAAGUUUUUUUCCCUGGGUUUUUUCAAAGCUGCUGUUCAACAAACCAGCUCCAGUUUGGCUGGUUUUCCUGUCCUUGAGGAGUCACUGGUUUUCCAAGGAGAAUUCUUUGUGGAUUCAGGUCGUUACCCCAGGGAGAGGUUUUGAGUUUUCACCUAUUUUAGGUUGGUUUGUUUUUUUUUUUUUUGCCUUAGUCAGGAGAAGUAGGAAUUCCCUAACUUUUUGCUGUAACCAGUUUUUUUGGUUCAUUCCAAUAAAAUCGUUGCUGGCA